CCGGGUUUGGUGCUGGCCGGUGUCGUACGACUCCGGUCGUCCAUGGGGAGGUCUCCUUGCUGCGACGAGAAUGGCCUGAAGAAGGGCCCCUGGACUCAGGAGGAAGACGAGAAGCUGCUGCACUACAUCCAGAAGAACGGACAUGGUAGCUGGAGGACCCUGCCGAGGCUGGCCGGUCUGAACCGAUGCGGCAAGAGCUGCCGGCUGCGCUGGACCAACUACCUGCGGCCCGACAUCAAGCGGGGCAAGUUCUCGCAGGAGGAGGAGCAGACCAUCCUCCACCUCCACUCCGUCCUCGGCAACAAGUGGUCCGCCAUCGCCACGCACCUCCCCGGCCGCACCGACAACGAGAUCAAGAACUUCUGGAACACGCACCUCAAGAAGCGCCUCAUCCAGAUGGGCUUCGACCCCAUGACGCACCGCCCGCGCACCGACUUGUUCGCCGCGCUGCCGCAGCUCAUCGCGCUCGCAGCCCUCCGCGAGCAGCUGUCCGCCCUCUGCUCGCCGCAACUGACUGCUGCUACGACUGCCCCGUCCGCGGACGACGGCGACCGCCAGUCGUCGUACCUACCGUGCACGUUCCCCGUCAGUAGUGACGGUCAAGAAGCUGCCAACCAGCAACAGCAAACAGGCCUCAUCAGCUAUGACGGCGGCCGCGCCGCCGGUGAUGAUGCUGACGUGUUCGCGUGCCACGGUGGUGGCAGCUCGCUGCCGCCCCUGACCGACCUCUCCGACGCGGCCGCCAGCAUGCGCAGCGGCAGCGCCACUGCGUCGUCGUCCGGCUUCAGCUGCAGCCCGCUCCCUUGGCCGGAGUUCUUCCCCAACGAUGAUCCAUUCAUCACUGAUUUCCUAUGACAUCAUAUCAUCAUAAUGUACUUGUAUACUUGUAAGCUUAAAUUGCGUAUAUAUAUAGCGUGUCAUGCACAUUCAAACAUGAGAAUAGAAUAUAUAGUACACACUGAAAUUUCUGAAUAUAUGCUAGCUCAGAGAUGAGUGGCAAGUGAGUCGUUCAUGAAAUAGAAUAAUACGCGUGUUGUAUUGC